AUGUCUUCUAACAACGGUGCUCCCAAGAUUUACAAGCUGAUUCUUGAUGAUCCAGAGCCGCCAGAAAGAGAAUCGUCGUCAAAGAAGACAAAAAAAAGUAAAAAAAGUAGAAAUUUACGCAAAAGGAAUAAUACAUCGAAUGCCUGGGAGAGUGACGAAGAUAGUGGUACCAAGAGGAAAAAGAAACGAGAAGAACCGCGAAAGGUAGAAGAAUCAGAGGACGAAUAUGAAAAAGCGAUCAAGGAGGACGAACAGGACGAAAGGGAACGAGAGGAAUUUGCCAGGCGUUUGCGAGAACGAGAUGACGCUAAAACCAGAAAGAUAGCCGAAGAUCGCUCGGCAAAACCUGAUAGCGAAACAGCGAGAAGAAGGAACCUGGCCGAUGAUCCUGACGCCAGAAAGCAAGUUCUACCGAGUAUUCGUGAGAGGUCACGUCAGGAAUAUCUCAAGAUGCGUGUUGAACAACAGAUGAUGUUGACGAAACAGGAUGUGCUUGAUGAGGAGUUACUGUUUAAGAAUCAAAAGCUUUCCAAGAAGGAAAGAAAAGAGCUCGAGUUAAAGAGAGAGACGUUAAAUUUGGCUGAGGAAAGGCUAAAGUUGUCCAAGAAGACGGAUGAGUAUAUAAUGCCAGAAGAUUAUAUUACUGAGAAAGGAAAGAUUGAUAAAAGAAAAAAGGAACAAGCACUGUAUCAACGUUACGAAGAGAAACGUGAUAAUCAGUUCUUUUCCACGGAACAGGAACAAUGGGAAUCAAAUCAAAUAGCAAAAUCAAGUCUGAAUGUAGGAGCUCAGGAUCGUCAAAAGGGCGAUAAUUAUGAAUAUGUCUUUGACGAAAAGGAAUUCAAUUGGGACGAUUGGGAACCCGAGACACGUGAUGAUGAGGCUGCUUUUCGUAAGAGAGUCGAGGAAGAGGAGAAAAGAGUCCAAACAAUCCAAGAAGUCCGUCAAACUCUUCCGAUAUAUUCGUUUCGAGAAGAAUUGCUUCAAGCGAUUCAAGACCAUCGCGUGCUGAUAAUAGUUGGUGAGACGGGUAGCGGUAAAACGACACAGCUUCCGCAAUACCUCGUCGAAGCAGGAUAUACAAAAGGCGGCCGUAAGGUUGGUUGUACUCAGCCAAGAAGAGUUGCUGCGAUGAGUGUAGCAGCGCGUGUUGCUGAUGAGAUGGGAGUACGGCUUGGACAUGAGGUGGGAUAUUCAAUCCGUUUCGAAGAUUGUUCCUCAGAGAAGACUGUGCUUAAGUAUAUGACAGAUGGUAUGCUGCUUAGAGAGUUUAUGACAGAUCCUCUUUUGUCAACAUAUAGUUGCAUGAUCAUUGACGAAGCACACGAGAGGACAUUGCAUACUGAUGUGUUGCUUGGAUUGGUAAAGAGAAUAAUGCACGCAGAGACCGAUCUAAGGCUCAUAAUAUCUAGUGCAACAUUGGAUGCUCAGAAAUUUGCCAAGUAUUUUCGAGUGGGAGACGAAGAACCGCCGAUAUUUCACAUCCCUGGGCGUAUGUUCGAGGUCAAGAAAUACUAUACAAAAAAUCCAGAGGCCAAUUACAUACACGCUGCUAUAGGGAAGGUUAUGGAACUUCAUAUAAACCCAUUAGUCCGGGGAGACAUAUUAGUUUUCUUGACUGGACAAGAUGAAAUAGAGUAUGUGCAACAGAAUCUGGAACACGCACGAAGCAUACUCGGGUCUAAAAUAAGCGCUUUAGACAUAUGCCCAAUAUACGCAAACCUACCGCCUGAUUUACAAGCAAAAAUCUUUGAACCAACACCGCCUAAUGCACGCAAAGUCGUUUUGGCAACGAAUAUUGCCGAGACGUCGGUUACGAUAGACGGCAUCGCGUAUGUUAUUGAUUCCGGAUAUGUCAAGCAAAACUUUUAUAGCCCAAAAUCUCGUAUGCAGUCAUUAGAAGUUGUUCCGUGCUCGAAAGCUUCAGCUGAACAACGGGCAGGUCGAGCAGGACGUAUUGGCCCUGGCUGGUGUUUUAGAUUGUACACUAAAUAUAUAUUUGAGAAAGAAAUGCCAUUUGAUGCGAUGCCUGAAAUACAAAGAACCAACCUGGCAAAUGUGAUUUUGUUAUUGCAGACGAUCGGUGUUAGAGAUAUAAUGCAAUUUGAGUUUAUGGAUCCACCCCAUACUGAUUGUAUUGUCCAAGCGAUGAAUGAGCUGCUCGAAUUAGAAGCUCUUCGACAGGGGGCAGAUGGGAAACCGCGAUUAACUAAACUUGGGCAACGAAUGGCUGAAUUUCCGCUAGAUCCAAUGUUGUCAAAAGUCAUAUUAGAAUCGGAGAAAUAUCACUGCUCGGAAGAAAUUAUAUCUAUAAUCAGCAUGCUUACUGUUCAGGGGUCUAUAUUCUAUAUGCCAAAAGAAAAGAAAGUUGCGGCUGAUAUGGCAAAACAAAACUUUUACCGACCAGGCGGCGACCACUUCACUCUGCUUAAUGUUUGGAAUCAA